UGCUGACGUCACGCACGCACGCACGCACGCAGCGCCCAGGAGGCUACGGGCGGGGCCGGCGGGGACCUGAGGCCGAGGGACAGCGGCCCGAGCCGGGGCUAUGGCGAAGCUGCUGAGCUGUGUCCUCGGCCCCCGGCUCUACAAGAUCUACCGGGAGCGGGACACGGACCGGGCCGCGUCCAGCGUCCCCGAGACUCCCACUGCCGUCCCCGCCGCCUCGUCCAGCUCCUGGGAUACGUAUUAUCAGCCUAGGGCCCUGGAGAAACAUGCCGACAGCAUCCUGGCACUGGCUUCAGUCUUCUGGUCCAUCUCUUAUUACUCCUCCCCCUUCGCCUUCUUCUACUUGUACAGGAAAGGUUACUUGAGUUUGUCCAAAGUGGUACCGUUUUCUCACUAUGCCGGGACAUUGCUGCUGCUGCUGGCAGGGGUGGCCUGCCUCCGAGGCAUUGGCCGCUGGACCAACCCCCAGUACCGACAGUUCAUCACCAUCUUGGAAGCCACACAUAGGAACCAGUCUGCAGAAAACAAGAGGCAGCUGGCCAACUACAACUUUGACUUCAGGAGCUGGCCAGUCGACUUCCACUGGGAGGAGCCCAGCAGCCGGAAGGGGUCCCGAGGUGGCCCUUCCCGAAGGGGUGUGGCCCUGCUUCGUCCAGAGCCUCUGCACCGGGGAACAGCAGACACGUUUCUCAACAGGGUCAAGAAGCUGCCCUGUCAGAUCACCAGCUAUCUGGUGGCGCACACCUUGGGGCGCCGGAUGCUGUACCCAGGCUCUGUGUACCUGCUCCAGAAGGCCCUCAUGCCUGUGCUGCUACAGGGCCAGGCCCGACUGGUGGAAGAGUGUAAUGGGCGCCGUGCAAAGCUGCUCGCCUGUGAUGGUAACGAGAUUGACACCAUGUUUGUGGACCGGCGGGGGACAGCUGAGCCCCAGGGGCAGAAGCUGGUGAUCUGCUGUGAGGGGAAUGCCGGAUUCUAUGAGGUGGGCUGUGUCUCCACGCCCCUAGAAGCCGGAUAUUCUGUCCUGGGCUGGAAUCAUCCAGGCUUUGCUGGAAGCACGGGGGUACCAUUCCCACAGAACGAGGCCAAUGCCAUGGAUGUGGUGGUUCAGUUUGCCAUCCACCGCCUGGGCUUCCAGCCCCAGGACAUUGUCAUCUACGCCUGGUCCAUUGGAGGCUUCACUGCCACGUGGGCAGCCAUGUCCUACCCAGACAUUAGUGCCGUUAUCCUGGACGCCUCCUUCGAUGACUUGGUACCCUUGGCCUUGAAGGUCAUGCCGGACAGCUGGCGAGGCCUGGUCACCAGGACUGUGAGGCAGCAUCUCAACCUCAACAACUCGGAGCAGCUAUGCAGGUUCCAGGGCCCUGUGCUGCUGGUCCGGAGAACCAAGGAUGAGAUCAUCACCACCACGGUUCCCGAGGACAUCAUGUCCAACAGAGGCAAUGACCUCCUGCUGAAGCUGCUGCAGUUCCGGUACCCACGAGUGAUGGUGGAGGAGGGGCUCAGGGCUGUGAGGCAGUGGCUGGAGGCGUCCUCCCAGCUAGAGGAAGCCUCCGUUUACAGUCGCUGGGAGGUGGAGGAGGACUGGUGCGUGUCUGUGCUUCGCUCCUACCAGGCAGAGCACGGGCCUGACUUCCCCUGGAGUGUGGGGGAGGACAUGAGUGCAGACGGACGGAGGCAGCUGGCGCUGUUCCUGGCCAGGAAGCAUCUACACAACUUUGAGGCUACACAUUGCACCCCACUCCCAGCCCAGCACUUCCAGAUGCCCUGGCACCUCUAGGGACCACAUCUAGACUCUUCUGGAAGGAGACACGAGGGGGAUACUUUUGUGACUCUGUUGAUGUUGCUGUUCAUAGUCUGGGCAGUGGGGCGUCCCCUCUGACCACUUCCUCCUGCACGGCUCCCUCAUCUGCGUGGACGCACUGAGCUCUCCCCAUACCCGCCUGCAUUAAAUGAAUGAUUUAUUCCUAAUAAUUAAUAAAAAGGUAUUUUUUCUACAA